AUGGUAAGCAGCUGCGCCCGAAAGGUACCGUGGGUAGCCAUCCUGUUUUACUUGCACUUCUUUCCCGUGUGGGUGUUAUCGUUCGUUGCGCCUGCGGCAAUUUUGUGGACGCGGAGUCGUUUGCUGAUGGUCUUGUACACCCUGUUGGUUGUCUGGAUCUAUUAUCCUCGGGACGCACCCAAGAUCUUUCAGUACCUGCAGCUGUUGUACUUUUUCGAAAUUCCACGGUACUACAAGGAAAGCUCGUUCAGAAUACUGUACCCCCAACAGCACCCUCAACUCUGUAAGAUUUUGUGUCUGUUCGAUGACGCGGUAGAGUGGCAACAACGACCUGACGGUCACAAGCACAAGGAGAUAGGUCUGACUCCUGAGGCCAUUGUGGUCCUGACUGCGUUUAAGCCGACUGCGCUCAAGCUAACAGCGCUCAAGCAAAAGGCUGCGAUAGACGGGCGCGUGGUCAAGACAGUGGCAAGCGAAUAUCCUUGUGAUAUCUGGAUGUGUGCUCCGCAUGGUUUUACUUCCAACGGUUGGGGCCAGCUGAGUAUGUGCCCGUUCUUUAAUGAUAUAAUGAACUGCGUGUCCACCGCUCUGUACUACUUUGGACACCUAAUAAUUGCCUACACGUCCCUACUCGGAAACCCUCAUCCGGUAACCUCUGAAGCCAUCGAUCGUACACUUGGUCAACGUCGGGCGAUCUCGAUUGUACCCGGCGGGUUCGAAGAGGCCACCAUCAUGAGUCACAAUAUCGACCGGCUCUACUUACUCAAACGCUACGGCAUCUUCAAGAAGGCCGUCGACCACUGUGCCGGCCUCGUGCCGUACUUCACCUUCGGCGAAAACCGAGCCUACUACAACCUCCAAGGGUUCUGGAAAAUCAGACAAACCCUAAACCACUUCUCCAUACCCGGCGUCAUCCCCUGGGGCAUGUUCCUGUGGCUCCCAAAAACAAACAUGUUCCAUAUCAUCGUCGGUAAACGGAUCACCCCGCAAGAUGGAGAGUCAGUUCUAGACCUCAAAACGAGGUACCUGGAGCAACUUACUGAGCUACACGACAUCUACGGAAAAGAAUACUAUAAAAACACGUAUAAUCAUCUCGAAAUUUGGUAA